ACAACACACUGACACCACGCCUCUCAUCUUAACUAGUGGCUAGUCGAGCAAAUGGAAUAAACGCGUUCUAUUCGCGAGUCUCGCCUGCAGGUUCUUGGUUCAAUUUUAACAUUCCAUCCGUUUAGCUUCCUCAGUGACUGGCGGCGAAACUUACAGUAGUUAAACGUGAAAGUAUGCGGAUACAUCCCUAAAGUUAAUAAAUGUUUGGACCACUAGAGUGUGUGAAAAGUAUUAAACAUAGUUUUAUGAAAGUGUGAAUCUACCCAUAGAGAGCUACAAUUAGCUAGGCGAAUCGGGCGCCAUCAGUCUACAAAGCAAUGAAAUUGUUGACAGUAGUUUGACACGGGUUAGAGUGUAGUCGGUGACUUAAGUAAGGUCGGAAGCAGAGGAGAGGAGUGUGUACGAGAUGUCGGUGACGACGACAACCACGACGAUGCUGAGCGCGCGGCGCGGCGCCGGCGCCGGCCCCGAGCCCCGCGUCAACGGCCUGCUCAAGCACCCGCAGCCGCCCGCCGACCUUCCCUCGCUGAGAUUUGCGGCGCCGUUCAGCACGGACCCGAUAGCGGUGGCGGAGCGCGAGCGCUGCGCGUACGGGCGCGUGUCGCGCGCGGCGGCCGCGGCGGGCACGGCGGGCCGCCGCGUGCGCGUCUACUCAGAUGGCAUCUACGACAUGUUUCACGAAGGUCACGCGCGCCAGCUGCAGCAGGCCAAAACUUCCUUUCCCAACGUCUAUCUCAUUGUCGGAGUGUGCAACGACCAGCUGACGCACAGCCGCAAGGGCCGCACCGUGAUGACGGAGGACGAGCGCUACGAGGCCGUCCGCCACUGCCGCUACGUCGAUGAGGUGGUGCGGGACGCGCCGUGGGAAUACGACGAGGCGUUCCUGGAAACGAACAAGAUUGACUUCGUGGCGCACGACGACAUCCCCUACACCACCGAGGACUGCGACGACACCUACGCCAUGAUCAAAGCCAAGGACAUGUUCGUCGCCACCGAGCGCACCGAAGGCGUGUCGACGUCGGACAUCGUGGCGCGGAUCGUGCGCGACUACGACAUCUACGUGCGGCGCAACCUGGCGCGCGGCUACUCCGCCAAGGAGCUCAACGUGUCCUUCCUCAACGAGAAGAAGUUCCGCCUGCAGAACAAGAUGGACGAGCUCAAGGACAAGGGCAAGAAGGUGAUGACGAACAUCGGCGAGAAGCGCGUCGACAUCCUGACCAAGUGGGAGGAGAAGUCGCGCGAGCUGAUCGACGCGUUCCUGCUGCUGUUCGGGCCGGACGGGCGGCUGUCCAGCAUCUGGAACGAGUCCAAGGGGCGGCUCAUGCAGGCGCUCAGCCAGCCGCCGUCGCCGCGCGCCUCGCCGCCGCCCAGCGAGAACGGCGACGACUCCCAGGACCGCGCGCUCGCGCUCGCCUCCGCCCACGCCGCGGCGCCCGCGCUCGCGCGCGCCCUGGCGCACGCUCGCGCGCACAGAAGCUCAGCGUCGCCGCCGCCUCCCAAAUCGCGCCGCUACGAGACGCUGUGGGAGCCGCAAGCAGAUGCGUCGAGCUCUGAAGGGCUGGGGGCGGAAGCGGCCGCACUCCGCCAGCUGACGGACGACGGCUCGGACAGCGACGAUGACUACCAGGACACCAGCGCCUACCUCUAGGCUCCGCCACAGCCGCAGCCGCUACUGCCACCGGCACCGAUGUACAUUGUACCAACAUCGUCGCCAAACCCGUUAGCAAAUCUACAUUGUAACAACGAACAGCGUUAUAUCUGUAGAGGGUAAUAUGUUUUCCUGUAGGUCGGCUUUUUAUCAUCUGUCACCAUGCCUGUCACGUUCCAACAAAUACGUAUGUGCGAAAGUGACACAAGGCAUGACCGGUAAUAAAAAUGCGACCCCGAUACCGCUUCUGGAAUCACUUAUGUGUCUUAUACUGACGGAUGAAAAGGUAGCCGGAGUUAUAGUUCGUUUUUUUAGCAUUAGAAAGAACUUGAAAGAAGGUAAGCGAUGUUGGCAUGUCUUUUAAUUGAAGCUUUUUAAAAAUCAAUAACUAUUACUUAUGAAAGCAGAAAAAUAUAAAUGAUCGUAUUAGAUUCAUAUUGGCCGUAACUUAUUUUUAAAAUGUGUUUUUCAAUUAAAAGACACAUCAAGAUUGUUUACCUUAUUUCUAAUGCUAAAAAAACGAACUAUAGAAAUAGCACACCCUCGAGUUACAAACAGUAAAAUGCCGUCACGCUCUACCAGUAGUAAGGUUCCCCGUGCCUAUAGUAACUGACACUAGAGUGCGCGGUCGUACUUCGUCACACGAGCGGUGAUAUUCAAGAAGGAAAAUAAAAUAAAUGUUUAUAAAUCAUAAAGCUACCCUUCUGAUUUAUUAACUUCGCUUUUUUGUUUAGCUGUGAUUUGUUUGGAGCGUAAACAAUUAAUCACACUGUGAUGAGAUAGACCUACAUGUGGCUAAGACAAUAAAAAGGGUAAUCUGAUUAACUGACGUAUGUACACACAUGAUUGGUCUCUAUAUCCUUAUUUUAAGGCAGCAGUGAAAUAAUUCCACAAAAAUAGGGGCCAAUAACUGUACCUAAAUUAAUGGGCCAAUCAUUGAGUACUUUACCCUAAUUCCUUAGUUCAUAUAAAAAACAUAUCUGGGCUUAUAUCUUGAGCGACAUCAACAUCAAACGAAUGUUAUUGGUCCACGAACUGUCAUGUCCUUUUUUUCUAUGACAACACACUAAUAAUAUUUAGUAUACAUGUCGACAGCGAACAUAAAAUCAGCCAGAUCAUGGAAUAAUACUGUUCGAGAAAUGGACCCCAGUUUGAUUCAAAAACAGAGAAACAGAGAAAUAAGUUGUUAGACUUAGAACUAAAAUAUAGGUUCUUAUAACGCCUGAGUAAUGUACGUCGCUGCCGCUUGAGUGGGAGUUGUACUAUAGGUAGUUGACUGAUAAGAAGAUAUUUUCGGGCUAUUAUUUAAAUUAUUUUAUAGAGUAUGUUACUUGUAGAAUUUUUGUAUGAAUACUGUUUGAGUACAAUUGAGUGGAUGUAUUUAAAUCUUAUAACGUAGGAAUUAUUUAUGUAUCUUAAAUAAAAAUCUCUUUAUAAUAACGUUAUAUGUACAGGGCACCUGUUAGUGUUGGUAGGAACUAGAGUCCUUUGAGUCUGAAUUGGAAAAUACCAAUUCGUUUUUACGAGACUGAGCUUUAAAAAAAUCUGAUUUUUAAGUCCCGAGUAGAGUACUUUGUCGAUUUUUUUAAGAUCAACUCUGGCCGACGAAUAAAGAGUCAGUCACCAAUUUUAUAGGUCUUUCCUAAAUAACAGUUAAGAAAUAAGGCGUUAUUGUAUGAUUUGUGUAACAAAUUCACAAAUUUUACAUAAGGACAAUGCAUUUCGAAAAUGUUUGUAAUAAAUACGAGUGUUCUCUAAAAAGGUUGAAAAGAACGACUUAAUUUUAAGACUGAAUAACCGAGUCGAGUCUUGAAGCUAAGGACUGUAGUCCUAACUAACACUAGCAUCUGUAGGGUCAGGUGCGGGAAAAAUAAUUUUGAACACUAAAAUAUUCUAUUUCAUUCCUAUUCCAUUUGAAAAAGGAGCCUUGUGUGUAGACUUCUUUUAAGUAUAAUUGGAUUGAAAUAUAAUAGAGUCAGACUAACAAUAGUCUACAGCGGAUUUGACAGCCCACGCAGUGAAAGUAUUAUUUUAAACGUCAAACUUCUAUGAAAUCAUACCGCAUAAAUGACACUUGCACUGCGUGGGCUAUCAAAUCCGCUGCAGACUUUUUUUCGUCUUAUAUUUACCCCACCUGAUCCUAGUUUUUAAACACCAUGAAAUAUUAAUUAUAUUUGUUAUCUCAGUUAAUUAAAGGUGCUA